UUAGAGAACGUGAUGUCAUCCUUAAAGGCAAGUCUUUUGGAAUUUAACCCCACAACUAUUGAGGAGGUUAGAAAAGAGUACGGUUUGGAUAAACCGGGAAUGAUGGAGCAGGCUAUUGAUAUUCUGCACGAGUGGAUACAAAAACAGGAGCAUUUCGUAAAAAAGGACUUUUGUAGAGAGUAUUUAGAACGUGUCAUCAUUUCCACGAAGGGCUCAUUGGAGCGCGCUAAAGCAAGAGUGGACAAAAUGUGCACUUUGCGUACUCGUGUGCCGGAAUUGUUCGUGAAAAUCAAUGUUAAACAAGAUUUGUCUCACCUCUCUCAGUCAUACAUAAAUGUCUACAUGCCAAAACUGACUGAAGACAACUACAGAGUUUACGUUGUACAAAUGAAAAGUAACAUCACUACGGCUAUUCUGUUAGACACUUUUAGACAUAAUAUGAUUCUGGCAGAGUAUUUAAAACGAAAGGACUAUGCUAAUGGUAUCAUUUGUGUCGCAGAUGUCAGAGAAAACAACAUUUUGGAUUUAGUCGCUCAAUUUAACAUUGUGGAUUUGAGUAAUGUGUCUGUUAUGUAUACGGAGGGCUUUGGGUUUAGAGUGAAGAAAGUGUUAAUCUUAUCUUCUUCCAAAGUUAUCGACUUAUUUGCUGCACUACUGAAGCGAGUGGUUAGUGCCAAAAUCGGAGAACGGAUUGAAGCGAUUAACACUGUGGAAGAUCUACAUAAACAUCUGCCUACGGAACUGCUACCAGAAGAUUAUGGAGGCCAGCAAAAAUCUUUAAUUGAACUUUAUGACCAAUGGACUGAAGAGCUAGGGUCCGAUGAGAACAUAGAAUACGUGAAAGAGAUGACUCAAGCUCGUGUCAAUGAAGAAUUUAGACGUUCCGACGGAUGCGGUGACGAGUAUCUAGGGAUUCCCGGAUCUUUUAAAACUCUUAAUGUUGACUAGAUUAGACUAGAUUUUUAACAAAACACAUAUCCAUAGAAACUGUCCUGUGACUCAAUUUUAUUUAAAACAAUUGACUCACGUUAGACCGCGCAGAGGCCGGGCCGGGGCUGCCGGAGCUUCAUUUUCUAUGGAAAUCACUACGUGAUCACCGAUCAGCCGUGAGCCGUCAUAGAAAAUGACAUGUCGGACGCCUCGUUUCUGGCACGGCUCGGUUUAGCGUGAGUCAACCUUUAGAGAAACAACUCAUGAAAUAUGACCUAGAUGUAUUCUUGGCUUUAGUUUUCUUUUACACACAGCUACCACUCGUAAGCUAAUAAAGUUUUCUGUCUAGACUUGUAUACCUUUACUUACCUUCAAUCAAUACGUUCCAGGACUCUUCUCUUUCCGCACAGACUCUAGUAAUAUAUUACGUCAUAGUAUAUUAAUUUAAAGUAAAGAAUGAUGAAAAGGAAAUUAGGUAUUGAUUCUGAACAUAGUUGAGGUGCCAAUACAGUACGUGACGAAGAAGCCGUAUGGAUUUCAAUUAACGAUGUGAUACAAAUUUCUAUCUCUUCUUCUUCUUCAGCGACGAAGGACGUCCAUAAAGUGUUCUUCUUCUUACAGUGCCAUCUACCGGAGGUCGGCUAUCAUGAGGGCUUUAUACACUUCCGCGCGAAAUAAUGAGCGUGACGUGCUCUGUUUAACCAAAGAGAAUUUGAAAUAGAGAGUUACUGUCAAGGUAAAUUAUGUAGCUACAGUAAAUUUACUACCACAGAAGAUUAAAACUGUUAGAACGCCAUUUGACUUUGAUAAUUAUUCCUUCACUGAUAUGUGUUAACUUGUUAAAUAUGAAUAUUACCAUUAACGCCAUCUACUCGAGAGUAGGCUGAAGGUUAUGGCGCCAUCGCUCGAAAAGAUUGCACCAUAACUUUCGCCUAGUGUCGAGUAGAUGGCGUUAAUAUUAAUAUUUAACAAGUUAACACAUCUGAAAGGAUAAGGAUCAAAGUCAAAUGGCGUUCUAACUGUUUUGGCAGUAAAUUUACAGUGGCUACAUAAUUUACUUUGACAAUCCGCCUCUAUACACUCAUUCUCUUUGGUUUAACUAAACCAACAGAUUCAUUCUUGCUUCAAUAUAUAAAUUAUGGCUCUCAACACAAGUAAAUAAAUGGUUUUUGACUGAUAAGAAACCUAUCUUAGCUUUGUUUUUGCUAAUUAUAUAAGUGUUUACUCCAAUUACAAACCGGACUUAUAGUUUAAGUCGGUCGGGUUACUUGGACCCAGCCCUGUAGUUGGUAAGAGAAGGUUUAGGGUGUCUAAAUUAGUCUAAAGGAUUUGGUCUUAGGUUUGCACGAAAAAUAUUCGAAUUCACAAAUUAAUUUCACAAAUUAUGGAAAAUCACGCAAGUUACCUAUAGUCAAAUAAGUCCUAAGUUAUAAGGUCCAAAAUUAACUCAGAUAUCUUUGUUCAGUUGUUUCUAUAACAAAAUAUUUGUAUAAAUGCAAGAAAAAUACUAAAUAACAUUGAUGUUUAUACUUAAUUACCGUACUGUCGUCGUAAUUGUAGUAGAUACGUACCUACUAGAUAGAAUAAGUAUACUUAAUUAAGUAGUUUUACGAUUAUGUUAUGCAUGGUAUAAUAAUAUACUCCGCCUGGUACUCCAUUCCCGUCUUUUCUAGGUCACCUAACUGACACGGGCUUACGUCAUCAUGCGACAGCGCUAUAUGAUAAUAUGCGAUAGCGCUAUAUAUAGCGGCCAUGUUGUUGUGACGUAGCCCCGUGUCACUCUGGGAAUGGAAGACCAUGUUUUAUUAGACUAUGAUGUUAUGUUGUAGUAAAUAAAAGUGUGUUGUUAUAAAACAUUGUUUUUCUGAAUGCAUUUUAUAAGAAUCCCUUAAGGUAUUAAGUCCACCAGUUAUACUUAUUUCAUUUAAGCAAUAAAGUUUACCGUAAAACCACUCCACUAUUGUCCAAAGCAUCUAUGGUCCAAAAUUAACGUAAUAUCUCAUGUAAUGUGACUACGAGUAUUAGAGUUAGACCAAGAAAAGUCUGAAACGAUUUUGAUAGCAUACGCAGUGCAAGUGUUAUUUAUACGUCAUCAUUUCAUAGAAGUUUGACGUUUAAAAUAACAGUUGCACUGAGUGUAAAAUUAGAGAACUCUAGGGAAAUCCUAAAACUCACACAAAGUUCAAAGAGUGACACGACUCAGUACCGAAAUAGUAGCACAGAUCACAUACUGAAGCAGAAAAGCCACUAUAAAAUAACAACAGAAAAUUUCACUGGCAUUAAUAUCAAUUUUGGCGCUUUCCCAGUUGCUACUAAAAUCGGGCCUUUUUUUCAUUUCAUUGAUUACAUUUCACAU